AUGCAUCACAUCUCUGACUCCAAAUCAAAUCUGAGCAUGCCCCGGUUCCCUCCAGCAGCUGACUCAUACCAGCAGGGCUGCAUCAGGAUGACCCUGGAGAAUGCUGAUCUCUGGAAGUCCUUUCACAGCAUCGGAACAGAGAUGAUUAUAACAAAGCAUGGAAGGAGAAUGUUUCCACACUGCAGCAUCAGUCUAUAUGGCCUCCAACCUUUUGCCAAUUACAUCGUCAUGAUGGAUAUGGUUCCUGUAGACAGCUUCAAAUACAAGUGGAAAAAGGAGCAGUGGGAGGUCGCUGGGAAGGCUGAGCCCCAGCCCCCGUGUCGGACAUACAUGCACCCAGACUCCCCUGCUCCAGGAAGUCACUGGAUGAAGCAGUCGUUGUCCUUUCUCAAGAUGAAGCUCACCAACAACACCUUGGACCAGCACGGCCAUAUCAUCCUACACUCUAUGCAUCGCUACUACCCCAGGUUUCAUGUCACCCAAGCAGACAGUCCUUACACUGUCCGCUGGGGCCCAUUUCAAACCUUUUCCUUCCCAGAGACGACCUUCACUGCAGUGACCGCUUACCAAAAUCCAAAGAUCACCAAACUGAAGAUUGACCACAACCCCUUCGCUAAGGGAUUCAGGGAGGGAGGCACCCAUUCCCACAGCAAAAGGUGUCGCUCAGACAGAAGCCCUCCUUCAAAAAGAGCCACACUGGAGAAGAAAUCUGUUUGCACAAGUCCUACAGGCCUGCAGAGGAUGCCCUCCACCUCUCAGUCAGCAGAGGAGGGGAGGGAUCAGGCUUCCACACAGCAGCUACUGAAAGGGGGUGACCUUUCAGCCUGGGCUGUGGAGCAAGACCCAUCUGAGAGUCUUCAUGCUGAGCCCCUGGAGCUGCAGGAGUAUGACUACAGCUGUGAGGAACAGAUGGUGCCUGCAUCCAUGCCAUACCAGCCCUACAGAUCGCUAGAGUACACCAGAUAUUCGCUGCCUUCCAAUGAAGUAGAUGUAACACACACCGUUGUCCACCCUCCACCUCAUCCACUUACUACAGCUGAACACAACCCACAACAACAUGGCUUCUACCAUCAUCCUCACCACCACAGCCACACAGCAGACUGGAGCCAAUACCCACUCUUCUCCUACUCCUGCUGGUGA